UCCCUUGCGAUGCACAAAACCUGAAAACAAGAUGAAGACUACCACAACUUCAUUGCUUCUGUUUGUUCUUGUUCUUUUGUUUUGGAGUCCAUUAUCAGCUUCAGUAGGUAGUGUUGAGGAUUUUCUUCAAUGCCUUCCCCUUCAAUUUCAUAACUCAAUCUUAAAGGUAACUUACACCCCGAAAAACUCUUCUUUUCUAACUGUGUUGCAGUCCUCCAUUCAGAACUUGAGAUUUGCAUCUCCCUCCACGCCCAAACCUCUGGCCAUUGUUACACCUGUAGAGGAAUCCCAAAUCCAGGCAACCGUCUACUGUGCCAAACAGCACGGCUUGCAGAUCAGAGUUCGAAGUGGCGGGCACGACUUUGAGGGUCUUUCGUAUGUUUCUAAGGUCCCUUUUGUCAUUCUGGACCUGGUAAACCUUCGAUCGAUCAGUGUUGAUGUUGAAAACAAAACUGCUUGGGUUCAAACUGGUGCGACUAUUGGAGAACUGUAUUAUGGAAUUGCCCAGAAGAGUAAAACUCUAGGCUUUCCUGCUGGAUCUUGUCCUUCGGUUGGUGUUGGUGGACACUUCAGUGGGGGAGGGUAUGGCCCGCUACUCCGCAAAUACGGCUUUGCUGCUGAUAAUAUUGUCGAUGCUCUGAUAAUGGACGAUUCUGGCAACAUCCGCGAUCGAACAUCCAUGGGGGAAGACCUAUUCUGGGCUAUCAGAGGAGGUGGAGGGGCUAGCUUUGGAAUCGUUCUAGCAUGGAAAAUAAAGUUGGUCGAUGUCCCCCCAACUGUAACUGUUUUCACAGUUUACCGAACCUUAGAACAAAAUGCAACGAAGCUUGUCCAUAAGUGGCAGUACGUUGCGCACAAGUUCCCUGACGAACUUUUCAUCGAGAUUGAACUCGUGGCAAAUUCUAGCGAGAACGGGAAGAGAACAGUAAGAGCUUCGUUCAGCUGCUUGUUCCUGGGAAGAGCUGAUAAACUCAUCAAGAUGAUGCAAGAAAAAUUCCCAGAAUUGGGUGUGACUAAACAAGACUGCAGCGAAAUGAACUGGAUUGAAUCCGCGCUGUACUUUGCGGCCUAUGGCGGCUAUCCUGACGGACCCCUUGAGGUUUUGCUGAAUAGGACGUACACGGAUAGAGACCAUUUCAAAGCAAAAUCAGAUUAUGUGCAAAAACCCAUCUCGGUGAAAGGAUUGGAAGGGAUAUGGGAAAGGUUUUAUGAAGAAGAUGUUAACACGAGUGUGGUGAUGUUUUUGGUCCCAUAUGGUGGCAAAAUGGACCGGAUUUCAGAAAAAGCAAUUCCUUUUCCACAUAGAGCGGGGAACAUAUACAAAAUCUUGUACUUUGUUGGGUGGGAUGAAGAAGGAAGAGCAGCAUCCGAGAGGCAUGUGAAUUGGAUCAGAAGGCUCUACAGUUACAUGACUCCUUUUGUUUCCAAGUCUCCCAGAGCUGCGUAUAUCAAUUACAGAGAUCUCGACAUCGGAAUGAACAGCGAAGGAAACACGAGCUACGCACGGGCAAGUGUCUGGGGCCUUAAAUAUUUCAAGGGAAACUUCAAGAGACUGGUGCAAGUGAAGACCAAGGUUGAUCCAAGCAAUUUCUUCAGAAAUGAACAGAGCAUUCCCCCUAUCACGUCUUAAAAGUUUUCGGUGAGUAUCACCCACACCCCGAAGAAAAGGAACAGAACAAAUUAUUUGUAAGCAUAUAAUAUAAUUGAUAUGUCUUCAUUUGCUGUAUGACAUUUUCUGAUGUAUCAUCCGCCUAUAAUUAAGGAUAUUGUGUUUAUCUCCUAAA